AAUGAGGCUGGGCAGAGCAACUCGCGCACCCUCCCUCCCCUCCCGUCGCUGGGCGCGCGCCGGGAGGUGCAGCUCCGCCGCGUCCGAGGGCAGCGCAGCAGCUGCAGCGGCCGCUGCGGGAGGGGCCCGGAGCCCCGCCCCCGGGGAGGGGCCUUCCGCAGGUCUCCCCUCUACCCUCCACGCUGGGGAUGAAAUUUAGCAACAAGAAGGAAGCAGUUCACGCGGCGUCCAUGGACUGAGACUAAACCGCGACUCCGGUAAAGCUACCUAUUGGAGACUUAAGACCUCGCUCCUAAAACACUGGUCCGUGAUUUUAGGCCCUAUAGCCUAUCCCCAUCAGCCUGAUCAUCACCGGCGUGGCCUAGCUCCCUCUGGGUUCCUGGGCCAGCAAGAUGCUGGAACGAGAUGCGGAGUCCGCGGCCGGGGACACGGAUCCUAGUCCCACCGGCAAGGAACCUAUAACCAAAGGAGGAGCUCCCCACCAAGGCUCGCCGCAGAAGCCCAGCCAGUCGGUUCCCGGGCCUGCCACGUCCGCGGGGGCGCCUUCUCGACCCCGCCGGCGGCCCCCGCCCCAGCGCCCGCACCGCUGCCCCGACUGUGACAAGGCCUUCUCGUACCCGUCCAAGCUGGCCACGCACCGGCUGGCACAUGGCGGCGCCCGCCCGCAUCCAUGCCCCGAUUGCCCCAAGGCCUUCUCCUACCCCUCCAAGCUGGCAGCUCACCGCCUCACACACAGUGGUGCCCGCCCACACCCGUGCCCACACUGCCCCAAAGCCUUUGGCCACCGCUCCAAGCUGGCCGCCCACCUCUGGACCCAUGCGCCUGCUCGCCCCUACCCAUGCCCGGACUGCCCCAAGUCCUUCUGCUACCCCUCCAAGCUCGCAGCCCACCGCCACACCCACCACGCCACCGACGCCCGCCCUUAUCCUUGCCCGCACUGCCCCAAGGCUUUUUCCUUCCCCUCCAAACUGGCCGCCCAUCGCCUGUGUCAUGACCCCCCCACGGCGCCGGGCAGCCAGGCCACGGCCCGGCAUCGCUGCUCCAGCUGCGAUCAGGCCUUUGGCCAAAGACGCCUCCUGCUCCUUCACCAACGCAGCCACCACCAGGCUGAGAGCCAGGGGGAGCGCGAGUGAGCCCUCCCCUUGGCUCACAGCGCCCCCCUGCCGCCAGCCCAGGUCAAUGAAGAGGUGGCAUUUCUAAGCUGGGCUGUAUGGAGUUGCCUCUGCUCCACGCUGGGCUCAAACUUACCGGGCUGAGGACUUCUGCUCACCUGUUUGGGGAAGGGAAAGGUGUCACCCAUAGUUAGCACUGGGCCCCAAACUAUGGGUUUGGAGCUGUGGGUUGAAAGCAAGUCCUGGCUCCGGCUUUUUCCCUCCUAUUCAUAAGGCGAAAGUAAAAAAGUCUGCUAGCACCGGGGGUUGGUAAGGAAUGUGGGGAAACAGGGUCUCUCCUUAUUGUGAGUUAAAUUGGUGCCUGCAUUUUGGCCAUUUUGACUGUAUCUAUAAAAAAUUUUAAAUGCGCA